AUGAUUGACCCUCCAGAUAUUCACUAUAUAGACCGAAUUGAGACUGUUGACCAGUCAAGCAAUGACGAUGCUGCCUCCUCUGAUACCCCUGCGAAACCAAUAAAGCUGGGAGACUUCAGCAAGCUCUUCGCCGAGUUCCUUGAUUCUCCUCAGCAUAGAUAUGAUCCCGACCCAGACCCGCUGGAAAGAAGCGACUACGAUGAUGACUAUUCGCCGGCGCGGAUGGGCCUGAAGCCCGCCAGCUUGUCGUCGACGCCCUCGAGCUGUGGCCCUGAACAGGCACCCCCUGCCAAGCGGUCGCACACGAGCAUCAUCAAACAUGACCCUCCAUAUCGUGACAUAAAGCCUAUCCCACCAAAAGGGCAGAACACCAAUUCCCACUAUGCAAUUGCAUCCUCUCCUCCAGAUCUCUCGACGUCUGCAUCUCAAUAUGCAUCAUAUCGGAGCUGUAUCUGCGGCCGGGGGCAUCGGAUGGCUGGGCAGUCCGACUCCUUGACGUCUUCUUCUCCCGAAUGCCCCGAAUGCUCGCCCCCGGCCAAUACCGUGCGCCGUUCUCGGUCUUGGAUGAACAGGCUCCCAAGCAACGUGCGUGAAAAGCUACGUUUGAAGGAAGACAGACACAGGGCGCUCAUGAUGAAUCUCGUCCCGUAUCAGGUUCGAGACGCCUCCAUGGCAGAAAAGCUCCCCAGCAUCACGUCGCAAGGCGUCCACGUGUUCGUCGACAUGUCCAAUAUUGAUAUUGGGUAUCAAAGGACGUUGAAGGGAUUUCGACGUCUUGACGAACACACGCGCUUGUCACCUGUGCCUCAUCUGAACCUGCAAUUUUUGACCAAAAUACUCGUUCGGGAUCGGCCAGUGGUCGCGCUGAAUGUCUGCUGCUCUACUCUCCCAGGUCGUUCAGAGCCUCGCUAUGUGCAGCAGCUGCGCGAUCUGGGAUACCAUGUUGACCUAAGAGAGCGUAAGAGAAUCCUUGAAGGCGGACUGACCUUCACUGGAGCUCCUGACACUCUUCGCUUUGUGGAGGACCUCGUGGAUGAAACUCUACAGGUCCGCAUUGCCGAGUCCGUAAUGGAAUACUUCCGGACGCCUGGCACGAUCGUACUAGCUACUGGAGAUGCUAAGCCAUCUCCACACUCUGAUGGAUUUUUCUCAUAUGUUGAACGAGCGCUAAAGAUGGGCUGGAACGUUGAAGUUGUCUCCUGGCGAGGUAAUCUCUCUCUCAGGUGGAUUGAUAGACAAUGGACGGCUCAGUGGCAUGACAAGUUUCGAGUUAUUCUACUAGACGAAUUUCUAGAUGUGUUAAAGUGA